AUGUGGCCCAGCUGGAGAUCACAGGGCCCUAAGCUUGGGUAUGGACAUGAUGGAUUUGGUAUUUAUGUUCCACAUCUUGUGCCAGAGACACCCUGGCUGUUUGCUCGUAGACAUGAUUUGGGCUACAAAUUCCAAUCGACGGGCAUUUUAAAGACAUAUGAUGCCAGUCAGGAUUAUAGAGUUAUCAAUAAAAAAGUUGAUAUGGACAUAAUUGAUGAUGUCAAACGCCGGGGUCAACGUCUUGGUGAACUUAAUCCUCUUCAAGGUGAUUAUAUUCCGAAUGAUCUUUUGACCAGUUACAACAGUGAGAGCUAUGGAUUUCUGCAUCGAACCAAGCAUGAUCCAUUAAAAGGCUCCUGUAUCGCCAUAGGUAGUAUUCGAGAAACCGUGUCUAGUGAAGGCGCUGAUAGUAAAACCGAAUCGGAUUUACAGGAAUCAGCCGAAGAGUAUAGUGAUGAGGAGGAAUCUGAUUUCAACUCUCGUCAAGCGAUAGCAUAUGUAAAUGGAAAAGAUCAAUAUCAGGUCAAGUUUGGAUUUAUCGAUAAGGCAUCGUCGGAAUUUUCUAGUGCAAAUGGAUCAUCUUAUUAUGCAAAUAUGCCUGAUAUAAAUGUUGCUACUUCUUUCAAUGUCAAUAGUCCGGUAAUGCAAGUAGAGUUUGCUGAGCCUGAACCUGAGAUAAGCCCAUACAUGCUUGUGAGAUCCAAAAACGGCACGAAAAUAUUAUCGGUCACUUCUGAAAAUGACAAAAUUGCAGUAUACGAUCUAUUGGACAUCCCAUUCCAAAGUAAACAAGCAUAUAACUUUGAAACACUGUCAAGACCAGUUGAACAUUGUCAUUCGACGUUUAAUCCUUGGAAUUACGCUAAUGUUGCAACGAUAAAUUCGCAGGGCGUAUGGAGUUUAUGGGAUUUAAGCAGUGAGCAGAGCCUAGUAUCGCUCUCCUCACCGACUACCAUGAGCGCUUUUAAUAGACAUAGCCAGACAUCUUCUCCUUGGAACAAGAUUAUUUGGGGAGCAGAUUCCAGCUCAUUAUAUUCAAUUAAUCGGAAAUACCUUCAGUUAUUCGACAUAAGAUCAGAUUCUGCGACGAGUUCAAAGGGUGAUACCGUUUUAGAGUGUACGGACCGAGAGACCCAUUUCCGCGAUAUGGCCCGGUCAAAAAUAAAUGACAACCAAUUUUUUGUCCUCGACUCUAAAUCUGUGAAGUGGAUGGAUAUGAGGAAUCCAGGAAGCGUGUUAUUAUCUUGGGACCAUUUUUUGGAUCUUGAAGAUACCACUAUCAAACUUACCGUGAAUGGAAUCAAGGACAACGUUCACGUAGUUGGAGUUUAUUCUCAAAUCCACCAGGCUAAUUUCUUGUAUCAAUUCGUUGAGAGUGAGGGCCUUCCGUCAUCAGCAGAUGAUCCUAUUUUAAUUGUUUCUCCUCCAGACGAACUUGCUCAAUCUCUUGAACUAAUACCUUUUACUGCCGAAGGAAAUGAUGGGGAUAUUGAAAUGAUAAAUUUAGUGCGAUUGCCAGUCGAUGGUGCUCUACAAGGAGAAAUCCUGACAAGCGACCCUGACUAUCAAUCUGAGAACCAUACCAAUAACAUCGACAAUGGUAUUAACAGUGAUAUUGUAAAUAGUGCCAAUGGUGUGGUCAAAGCAAAUAAAAAUACUGAGUAUAUUGAAAGUAUAUCAGUUGAGACCGAUGACGUGAGAUAUAAGUUUGACUAUAUUUUGCCAGACCUAGUCCCAGUAUCAAAAUUGGAUUUUAGAGCCGUUUACGAGUUCUUGUUUGAAAAUCUGUCACAAAUUCCAGAGGAAACAUCAAAGGAUGAAGAUAUCGAGAAUUUUGCCAGGCACUUGGGUGAAACUAUCAAUAGCAUGUUUAUUGCGAAACAAUCCACAAGCAAAUCAACCGGUAUGAACGAAGACCCAGAUAUCAGAAAAAGACGAACCUUGACACUGCUGGAAUUGAGUGAAAUCGGCACCCCCUUACUUCGACUUUAUAAUAACCUUGAAGAUCUGUCGGCUCUUAUUCACCAACUCACAGAUCACUAUAAAGAUACCAAAAUAAGUGUUAAAGAGUUAAGACGGGACAUGAACACCCUUUUUGGAGGCGAAUUUGUGAACAACAUACAGAAUAAUUACGACUAUUUAUUGUCUAUAUGGACAAAUUCUUUGAAUACUCAGACUCUCGGGCCAGAACGGGUAGCCGAGCUUACGGCUCAACGAAAAAAAUUGGCAUUAUACAUCAUCAUUCGGUUAACUCUCACCAGCGUUGGAGUGUAUGUUGAAGGGGAAUCCAAGCCUAUACUUCAGGAUACACAUCUGCUUAAACCGCUGUCGAAGUACACUCAAGUUAGAAAUCCGCAUGACUUCAACCUGACAGCGAACACUGAACUAUUACUAGAUGAAUGGGAGCUUGGUACAAACGUUGAUGAUUAUAAAUGGUAUAGACUGGGUGAUACGCCAAUGGAGGACGAUACCUCAUCCUCGGUUCCUGAUAGAUAUCAACAGAUUAUGUCUCAGUUAUCGCAGCAUUCGCAGAGAAUGAUAUCACCUCAACCAGUAAGAGUAAGAAGUUCCAGGGCCAAAACUACAGCUAGCAGUCAACCAGUGGGUUCAAAUCCAUUUUCAUCACCUAUCCAAUCCACAACGAGACUUGCAACAUCAAGUCGCUCGAGUAGCCAACGAGUAGCACCGUUACAAAGCUCACAGAGCAACAUGCAGAGAAUGGCACAAUCACAACCCAUACAAGGCGAAUCAAGCCAGCGUCGUCUUAAACGAAAGAAGCGAAAUGAGGGUUUCGGUUAA